UGCUCCGCUCGUUCCUUGGCUGGCUGGUUGGUUCGUUCGUCGCCUUCGACCCCAAGAACAAGAAGAGCGAGCGAUUCGUUGGUGCCACCCCCGCGUCAGGCGCCCCGAGCAUGCUGUCCUCGCGCUGCCACGCCGCCGCGCCGGCGACCCGCGGCGUCGCAACAUGUGAACAUGGGGCGCGUUCCUCGUUUUCUCUCCGGCGGAGAUAAAUAAAUAAGAUCAAGUGUAAAAAAAAGAAUCUUGGAGCGAUUGCGGCGGCCAGGUAGGAACCCAGCGGCGGCGGGCUCGCCCGCGUUCUCGGCGAUGAAGUACGUCUCCGGGCCGUACUUCGAGCCGGACUUCGAUCCGCUCCUCGACCGCUUCGGCACCCCCGGGGUCGUCGUCGACAAUGAGACACGCGAGGACUGCACGCUCGUGAAGGUUGACAGCGUGAACCGGGACGGCGUGCUGCUGGAGAUGGUGCAGCUGCUCACCGAUCUCGACCUCGUCAUCUCCAAGUCAUACAUCUCCUCCGACGGCGGCUGGCUCAUGGAUGUGUUCCACGUCACGGACCAGAUCGGGCGCAAGCUGACGGACCCGUCGCUCCCCGAGUUCAUCCAGCGGGCGCUCGUGCCGUUCCACCGCCCCCGCAACGGCCCGUCGCCCAAGUUCACCACGUGCCUCGGCAACGUGGUCGGCCCCGGCGGGCCCGACGUCUCGGACUGCGCCGCCCUCGAGUUCACGGUGCACGACCGCCCGGGGCUCCUGUCGUCCAUCACCUCGGUGCUGGUCGACAACGGGUGCCACGUCGCGUCGGGCCAGGCGUGGACGCACAACGGCCGCGCCGCCGGCGUGCUCUACGUGACGGCGACGGCGGACGCCGCCGGCGCGACGGCGCUGCUGCACCCGAGCCGGUGGGCGCGCAUCGAGCGCCUCGUGAACGCCGUGGUGGACGCGCGCGAGAACGUGACAGGGGAGCGGCACUGGGUGUGCAUGUCGGAGCCCGUGCACGGGCGCGUCCACACGGAGCGACGGCUGCACCAGCUGAUGCACGACGACCGGGACUACGAGUCCGGGCCGGCCCCGACGCCCGUCGACGAGGAGCUCUUCAGCAUGGGCGAGAAGGCGGCCACCGCCCGGACGGCCCGCCGCACCGAGACCCGGGUGUCCAUCGACAGCUGGGAGGAGCGGGGCUACGCCGUCGUCAAGAUGACGAGCAGGGACCGCCCCAGGCUGCUCUUCGACACGGUGUGCGCGCUCACCGACAUGCACUACGUCGUCUUCCACGCCACCGUCGGAUCCCAGGGCCCCCUCGCCAUUCAGGAAUACUACAUCCGGCACAAGGACGGGCGCACGGUCGACAGCGACGCCGAGCGGCAGAAGGUCUCCCGGUGCCUCGUCGCCGCGGUGGAGCGGAGGGCCACUCAUGGCAUGAGGGUGGAGGUGCGCGCCGCCGACAGGUCCGGGUUGCUGUCGGACUUCACCAGGGUGCUGCGGGAGCACGGCCUCUCGCUGCUCAGAGUCGAGCUCAAGAGGCACAAGGACGAGGCCGUCGGCAUCUUUUACCUCGUCACGGACACCGGCAGCGAGGUGCGCACCGAGGCGGUGCGCGCCGUGCAGACGAGGGUAGCCGAGAUGGACAUCUCGCUCGACAUAGUCAAGGAGGUCCCUGGCUGGCCGCCGGUGAGGAAGACCAGCGUGCCGGCGCCGCCUGUCGCCGGGCAGCAGGCCCAGGAGAGGCCGAGAUCUUCCCUAGGGAGCCUUCUAUGGUCACACCUCGGGAAGCUAUCGAAUAACUUCGGCUACAUCAGAUCUUAAAUUUAAAAACUAGUUAGCGUUCGCAGAACAAUCCACCUGUUGUUCUGCGUAGCGGCUUCCGUUGGUACCUCAUUUCCAGUAAUUCCCUGGACCCGAGGUAGCAACUGUUAAAAUGUCGGGAAGCAGUAAAAUUUUUGUAUAUAAAGCAUAGCAUGUUGCAUUGCACAUAAAUUCUCGUGAAAUCGGAGAUCAUUCGGCUCUUUUA